UUAAAAAUCAAAUUUCGUCACAUCAUUGCAUCCGUAAAUCUCUCCGCACUAAGCCACUAAGAUCAAAUCCGUUUAUAUUCAUUGUAGGCAUACAAACACUGAAUAAAGCUGAUAGACAGACAAAUCUUACAGCUUACAAACCCUAAUUAAGCCAAAAGAGGAGCACAGAAUAAGAUGGAAAGAAAUUCAACAGAAAUCCGAAUUCAUGAAAAUUCCCAAUUCUCAACUCUUUAUUGCCACCUUCAACAGCACUUAUGUUACUGAAAUCUUCGAAAGACAUGCUAAUUUGCAAGACGAGGUAAAAGGAAGAUGAAGAUUGUUUCAGAAAUCGUUAUUGUUGGGGCUGGAAUAUCGUCUUGCUACAGCUUUGGCGCUUCACAGGAAAUCUUCGAAAGGCUGUCUUUUUUUGCUAAUUUGCAAGAAAAGGUACAAGGAAGAUGGAAAUUGUUUCAGACAUCGUGAUUGUUGGAGCUGGAAUAUCUGGUCUUGCUACUGCUUUAGCACUUCACAGGCUGGGAAUAAAGUGUUUGGUGUUGGAAUCAGCAGAUAUCCUGAGAGCAGCUGGGAUCACUAUUACAGUUUGGACUAAUGCUUGGAGGGCUUUGGAUGCUCUUGGGCUCGGUGAUUCACUUAGAAAACAGCAUGACCAGCUCGUUGGGAUAUGUUGUUCAUCUUUAGUUACAGGAGAUUUGACUUCAAAUGUUUCAUUAACAAGCAAGGGGAAAUAUGGAGAUCAUGAAGUUCGCUGUGUCAAACGAAAGGUCCUACUAGAAGCGCUUGCAAAAGAAUUACCAAGUGACACAAUAAGGUAUUCCUCCAAGGUCGUUUCUAUUGAAGAAUCAGGCUCCUUGAAGCUUGUGUGCCUUGCUGAUGGGUCUACCCUUAAGACCAAGGUAUUGAUUGGGUGUGAUGGGGUGAAUUCAGUGGUGGCAAAAUGGUUAGGAUUCAAGAAACCAGCAUUGUCAGGAAGAUCGGCUAUAAGGGGUUUUGCAUACUACGAGAAAGGUCAUGGUUUCAAGCCUAAAUUUCAGUUGACAAUGGGAAAUGGUGUUAGAUAUGCUAUCGUUCCCUGUGAUGACAAUGCUGUUUAUUGGUUUUUGACCUGGUCUCCAUCAGCUCAAGAAAACAGGAAACUGCUAGAAGCUGAUCAAUUGAAGCUGAAGCAAUUUGUGUUGAGUAAACUUGGUAAGGUACCUGAGCAAAUAAGUGUGUUGAUAGGAGACACCGGAGUAGAAAAAAUUGUACGUUCUCCAAUAGGAUAUAGGCCUCCAUUGGAGGUCCUAUUUGGAAACAUAAGCAAAGACAAUGUAUGUGUAGCAGGCGAUGCAUGCCAUCCAAUGACACCAGAGCUUGGCCAGGGAGGGUCCUUAGCUCUAGAAGACGGGCUCAUUCUAGCAAGAAGUAUUGCCAAUGCCUUUCUAGAUAACUCAAUUUCUCAGAGGAGAUUAGGCUGUGAAAAUGAGAAUGACUCUGACAGGAUAAAAAACGCAUUAAACAAUUAUGCAAAAAAGAGGAGAUGGAGAGCAUCUGAACUGAUUUUUACAGGUUAUAUGGUGGGUUGGAUACAGGAGUCUGAUUGGUUUGGUGUAAGGUUUUUACGAGAGAAUUUUCUUUCUGCGUAUUUAUCGGGGUUGUCUCUUAAGAAGGCUGAUGUUGAUCCUAGACAACUAGUGCUUGAAUGUUAGGUUUCAUGGAGACAGUAUUCUCUGCAAGCCUUAUGUAAUAUUCACAAGAUUAGUGGCUUGAACUUAUUGAACCUUAAUUACUUUGUUGACCUCAAGUAGCGCGCUUUUCGUUGAUUAAUCUUCAAUUUAUACAACUGUAGUCUAGCUGAUUGCUGGCUGAAUCUGUUUGAAGAGUAUUUUGUUGACUUAAAUUGGAUCAUGGAUGACAUUUUUGUUGUUGGUCAUACAAUUUACCUUAGGGCCUCAGACACUGAUCAACGUUCAUGUGCUACUUCUUAAUAAAAUUGAGCAAAUUGUUUGGUACCUGAUCCGAAUUUCUGCGUUCCUAAUUUGAAAUAACCGUAGAUCAUGAAUCAACUGUGAACUCAGAUAUACGUAGUACAUUAUACGGAGUAAUCAUUCUACAGUUACAGGAGACUUCUUAUGUUUCAUAUACAAACAAGGGAAAACAGUAAGUUUGAAGUAUUUGUUUUAGAUGUCUUUCCUUUUUCUUUGCGGUUGUUUCACUUUGAAUUAAGAUGGUCUUACUGAAUGUACAGUGGAGAUCAUGAAGUUCGAUAUGUGAGACGGAAAGCCCUACUAGAAGCGCUUGCAAAUGAAUUACCAAAUGACACCAUAAGAUAUUCUUCCAAGGUGAAGAAUCAGGCUUAUUAAAGCUAGUGCACCUUGUGGAUGGAUCCACCCAAAAGGCCAAGUUUACAAAAACAGGUACUGUUGGGGUUUUGCAUACUACGAGAAAGGCCAUGGUUUAUAGCCUGACUUGGUUCUGAGUAAACUUGGGAAGGUGCCUGACCAAAUAAGAGCUGUGAUAGAAGACACAAAAAUUGAAGAAAUCGUACGUCGCCACUAGGAUAAAGGCCUCCAUUGGAGAUCCUAUAUGGAAACAUUAGUAAAGACAAUGUAUGUGUAGCAGGUGAUGCAUGUCACCCUAUGACACCAGACCUAGGCCAGGGAGGGUGUUCAGCUUUAGAAGACGGGGUCAUUCUAGCAAGAUGCCUCGCUGAUGCCUUGGUAGAUCAUGAAAAUGAGGAUCAACAUCAGAGGAUAAAAAGCAGGCUACAAAACUACGCGAAGAUGAGAUGGUGAGUGUUUGAUCUCAUUAGUACAGGUUCCAUGCUGGGUUGGAUACAGCAGUUUGAUUGGUUUGGCAUGAGGAUUAUAUGAGAGAAAUUUCUUUCUGCAUAUCUUUCUGGAUUGUUUCUUAAGAAGGCUGAUGUUGAUCCUAGACAGCUUGUGCUCGAACAUUAAAGUUCAUGCUUUACUUGCCUUUUUCUUCCUAUAAUUUUUAUUGUGUAUAAUAUUGUCUUCAAGAUUGUUGGUUGAAUUCAUUGAAGGUUAGUUCUGUUGACAAAAUUUUCAAGUGUCAACUUAAUUGGUCGUUUUA